CCCUAGAGCUGGGCACGCAGUAGGGGCUCAGGAGAUGCUGUGGAAUCAAUGACCAGAUGCUGAAUGAGUCCCUCAUGGAAAAAGCUGAUGCGUGGGGCCUCUCCUUGGCCCUGGAGCUAGAGGCAGCCAUGAGCUCCAGCCGCCCUGAGCCGGGUCCCUGGGCACCCCUGAGCCCCCGCCUUCAGCCCCUGUCCCAGAGCUCUUCCAGCCUGCUGGGUGAAGGCCGGGGACAGAGGCCAGAGCUCCGCAAGACUGCCAGCAGCACCGUGUGGCAGGCCCAGCUGGGCGAGGCCAGCACCAGACCCCAGGCCCCAGAGGAAGAGGGGAACCCACCGGAGAGCAUGGAGCCGGCACGGGCCUCUGGCCCCGAGGCGCGACCCAGUGCUGGAGGCCACUGGCGGAGCAGCACUGUGGGCAAUGUGUCCACCAUGGGCGGCAGUGACCUGUGUCACCUGCGGGCCCCCAGUGCUGCUGCUAUGCAGAGGAGCCACUCGGACCUGGUCCGUAGCACCCAGAUGCGGGCACACAGUGGUGCUCGGAAGGCCAGUCUCAGCUGCUCAGCCCUUGGCAGCAGCUCUGUCCACAGGGCUCAGCUGCAGCCGGGUGGUACUUCUGGCCAGGGUGGCCAGGCCUCUGCAGGCCUGGAAAGGGACCUGGCUUCUGAGAAUGGGACUUCUAACUCAGCCUGGAUGCUGGGGGUGAGUCAGUUGUCGGUGCCACCACUAGACCUGGGGGACACAACUGCCCACAGCAGCAGUACCCAGGCUGAGCCCAAAGCCGCUGAACAGCUGGCUACCACCACCCACCAUGCUCUGCCCCCAGCUGCUCUACUCUGUGGCAUGAGGGAGGUGGGGGCUGGUGGCUGCUGCCAUGCCCUACCUGCCACAGGGAUCCUGGCCUUUCCCAAACUAGUUGCGUCAGUGAGCGAGUCUGGGCUGCAGGCUCGGCAUGGGGUGAAGAUCCACUGUAGGUUGUCUGGGGGGCUCCCUGGGCACUCCCAUUGCUGUGCCCACCUUUGGGAUCCCACCGGGUUAGUCCCAGAGCCUGGCUCUAGGACCAAAGAUGUGUGGACCAUGACCUCAGCCAAUGACUUGGCCCCUGCAGAGGCAUCCCGGCUGUCAGCCCAGGAUGCUGGUGUGCAGGCGGCCCCAGUGGCGGCCUGCAAGGCUGUGGCCACUAGUCCAUCCCUGGAAGUGCCUGCGGCCCUGCAUGUGUUCCCAGAGGUAACUCUGGGGUCCAGCCUGGAGGAGGCGCCGUCCCCUGUGCGGGAUGUGCGAUGGGAUGCUGAGGGCAUGACAUGGGAGGUGUACGGAGCUGCGGUGGACCCGGAGGUGCUCGGUGUGGCCAUCCAGAAGCACCUGGAGAUGCAGUUUGAGCAGCUGCAGCGGUCGCCUGCCAGCGAGGACAGCCUGUCUGUGGAGGGCCGGAGGGGGCCACUGCGGGCUGUCAUGCAGUCCCUGCGGCGCCCCAGCUGCUGCGGCUGCUCCAGCGAGGCCCCUGAGUGAGGAGCUGUAGCCCUUGGAGCUGGCCUGGGCCCACUGACUUGGUCCUAGACCUGGGCCAGGGACGGUGGGGGCUCCGUGCCCCCUGGACCCACUGGCAGCUGGGCACAUUUCUCACCUGAAAAUCGGCUGCCUCCAGACCCCAGGACUGCAGCCUGGGGCUUCCUGCCCCACGCAGCUGGGCUGUUUUCUUAAGGGCUUGAUUUCCAAGGGCCACAUCUCUGCACCUUCUGGGCUCUGAAAUUUGAGACAGGGCUUUAGCACUGUGCAGAGGGGAGAUCCUGAGUUUUCUGUAAAAAAUGACCUUUUGUUCACUCCACCCUCAGAACUCUGCCAUGUUGCCUCGUCAGACUCUUGGUGGCUUUAUUUGACAGCAGUGCUGAGAAAUAGUGAAUUCUCGACAUGAAAUGUCAGGCCCCAAUGACAGGGACUGCCCGGGUCUUUAGGGAAGGGGACUGAUAUUAUCAGAGGCCUCCUGUGUGCCACAUACUGUGCUUGUCUUGUCUUCACCUCAUCAUCCUGGUUUACGGAUGAAAUGACAGACAUUUGGCAAGGCUGUAGCCAAUGUGCCCCACACUGGACAGCUUGAAGAGGUGGGACUGAGAUUCAAAGCCAGGGCUGGCUGAGCCUGGGGUGUUUCCCUGUAGCAUGUGUCCAGUCCAGUCAGUGCAGUCAUAUGUGAGGAGAAUUUACUGAGCCCAUACUCUGUGCUGGGUUCUGUGGAUUCUGUGGUGAAUGAGACAGAGGCUGUCCCUGCCCUGGCUGGGCUCAUGGUGUGGGUUGGGGAUGGCAGGGGAGGAUGCUGACCAUUACGGAGGGCUGCCAGGCUUCCAGGGUCAUUGUGUCAGAGGCUGGCCUGAGGAAGGGGAGAAUGGGUGGCCAUCUGCCCUAAAAUCAGUUGCAAAGCCUAAAAUUGCACUAUUUUCACCUCAUUCUGUCGGCUGAAGGAUUUCUCCCCAGCUGGUGCAGUUCGUGGAAGGAGGGAGGGCAGGAAUGGAGGGGGACAGGGAAGGAGCUUUGCCCUGGCCCUGGGGUAGGGGCUGUGAGGCUGUGGGGGUUUGCUUGCCCACACGACCUGACCUAGGCUAGGCGGUGGGGGCCAGGGGCCUUGGAGAGACAGAAACACGGGGGUUUGGCACAGUCUGACUUCAUUGCCCAAAGAUUUCUCAAGGCCUGUGAAGAAUGGGAGUGGGCUUGUGUUCUUGUCCUGGGUCUUUAUCUUGAAGAUCCUAAGCUCCUGGGACACAGCCCCCCAAUCCACCCUUGUGAGAGACCAGAGGGCUAAUGUGGGGUCAUGGCCCAUGACCUGGCCUGUUUCUGGAGCCUCUUCUGCACCUAGGAGCCCAGGACCCCCAAAGUGGCGGCUUACUUUUCCCCAUCCUCAAGGACCUGGUACUCAUUGAGGUGGAAGUGACUCAUGCAACAGUUGGUGAAUUUGUAAAGCAGGAGUGGCAUUUCAACAGGCCACAAGGACAAAGUGAGAAAGGUGUGCAUCAGGUCAGAUGCCUCCUGAAGCCCAACGAUGGACCAUUCUCACCCGUAAACAUGCCUUUCCCAUAUGCAUGGGUGCACCCCUUGGGAUUCUGGGGCUGUCAGUCCCUUUGUGUAUGGUGCCAGGGCAGGCAGCUCACGUUCUGGGGAGUGACACAUGGGUAUAUGCCAUCUUCAUGCCUGGCUCCCCAUGGAGUCUCCAGGAACCCCAGCCUGUUGGGGCCACAUGAGAGAGAACAAAUGGCUGUGGGUACAUGGGGAGGGACCUUUCACACAGGGCCACAGCUAAGUAGGGUCUUGAGGACGCAGGGGUUAGACAGGUGGGUGGAGAGAGGGCAGGACCUGCCUGGCAGAUGGAACAGCCUGGUCAGAUACUUGGAUUUGCCUGUCCUGCCCGGGCCAUGAUGAGUUUCUGCAGUGGCAGCUCAUUUGGGGUGUUUGUUGGGUUGGGAGGUGACCAGGGGUCCCCAUUGUGAAGAUCCUGAUGUAAAUGAGGAAAGGAACUUUAGGGGAACUGUGGAAGGGGUUCUGGGGUGGGACCAGAUUUCAGUUUAGAAAUGUCCAUUUGGCUUCCAGUGGAGAUGUGCCGGGUGACACCAAGGAGGGGCUUGUUUAGGGGCAAUGGAGUGGGCAGCUGGGGGCUGGGUUCAUACAUGUGUACCCACACGCAUACACAGGCGCACGUGUGCAGUGGAUUUGGGGAGGAGGCAUUUCAGGAUGCUGAGGUUUCCAGUUUGAGCAAGAGGAGGGUGAGGCCACUACCUGGGACAAGGUGAAUGGCAUGUUCAGCAGGUGCAGAAAGGGCCACAUGUCACAGGGUUUGGCUGGGACCAGUGAAACCUACUUCAUGAAGAGACUUUCUUCUCUGUCACAUGCAGAUUCUCAUGUAUUCACGCUGGCUGGUUGCCACUCUGUGCUGCCUCCAUGCUGCCCUGGCUUGCCAGGAUGGCAGGCCGGGCUGGGCUCAGCCAAGGUCCCACUCACCUCAUCGUCACUGAGAUGAAUAUUUGCAGAGCGGUGCUGGAAUCCAACACCUGUGUCUUGGUUGGGGUCCCAGGCCACUCUCCUGGCUAAACCACGAUCCUUGUCUCCCUAGUCUGGUUGCACAGCUGCUGCUGACAGGUCUACCUGAAGUGACUGCAGCCUCAUUUCUGAUUGGAACUGGAGACCCCUCCCAACCCCCCUUGCUGUGCCCUCUCCUGGGACAGGCCUGAUGCCUGCAGUGGUUUAGGGCCCCAGGGCAUGGCCGGUGGUUUAGUUUACAGAUCUCCUCCCCUUGGACUCUAGAUUUCUGGCCAGACUUUCUGGGUCCCUUUCAGGCUCUGCUCUGGGAGGUGUUGGAGUUCACUGUUGAUGUGUUUGUUUGGCUUUGAAUUCAAAACAGAUACAAAUUUGAAGGUCAGAGCUUUGCCAGACCCCGGCAGGGAUGGGGCAUCGGUCCUGGCUGGUCUUGUUUAUUUUGUCCUGGUAAAUUCUGUUCUUUGGGGCAUAAACCCUAGAGUCCUAGAGCCCCUUGCCUCAGCAGGAAUCCCCCCUCUGUCUGCUCCAGGGGCUCCCUGCUUCUGCCGACCUGCUCUCUUUCCGUGGCAUUCAGGACCCCCGACAGCUGAAGCCUCUCUUCAUGGAGCUUGUCCCCUCUCGACCUGCCUGUCUUGUGUCCAGGACACAAGACUUGCAUCCCUUGUCUGGCCCCAGGCUGCCAUCACUGUCACAAGAAAGUGGUAGAGUAGAGCUGGUCUGAGGUCACAGUGCUGGCGGUGGUGGAAAAGCAGGGAUGGGCUGUUCCACUGUGAUCUUACCUCCUGUGUCACCUGGAUUGGGUCUCUGUCCCCCUAGACAUGCUAGAUCCUAACUUUACAAGGGCUGAAGGGGUCUUCUACAUGCAAGUCCCCACACUUUGGGCUGGGGUUGGCCACCGUAGCUUAGUGGGCUAAAGCUGGAGUUUAAAUCUGGAUGUGUAGGAUCCACACCUAUAGCCAUGUGAUCUUGGGCAAGUUACAAGCCUUGAUGGUCUUCCUCAUCUGUAAGAUGGGGAUGACAAUGGUGCCUCCUUUACAUGCAUGGUGUGGAGAUUAAAUAGAGUAACCCAGGUAGUGCCUGGCACUGAGUUAGUGCUCAGCACACAGGCUGGUAGUGUUGGGCACCCCUCUCAUAGCCACAUUCAGGGGCCACCUCUUACCCUGCCAGCUUGGCUGUGAUCACAGCCCACAUCCCACUUCCUUAAAAGUCCCUUGUUCAGAGCCUCUUUCCAGUUUCCUCACCCACAGCUUUGCACCCUGCCUGGGACUUGGCCCUCUGGCUGGGGCCUCUGAAAAUGUAGUUCCCAGAGUGCAUUGAGGAGGGCUACCCUAGCCCUCACCACUCAUCUUGGGCUGGGUUCCCCAGAAGCUUCUGCUGAGAUGAGGAUGCCGGAGUUAUUAGGGAGGGGAGAGCAAGUUAAGGGAGGGACAGAAGGCAAGGCAGGGUGUGAUUUCAGUCCAAGCCAGACCCUAAAGGGGAGCCCUGGGUGCAGUCCCACCUCAGAGUAAGGACUACCCAGGGGUGAAGAUGUAGCCUCCAGGCACUUCUGCUCUCUGGCACGCAGGCUAGGAAGCUCUAGGAGCCCCAGGGUAGGUCUCUGCCUGGAGUUGUAGGGCCUAUUUUGGGGGAAGUUGUGCACAGAAACCACCAGAGGGAGUCACAGGCAUCUGGGGGUGCACCCAUUGACAUUUGCAUCAUGUCGUGCCGAGCCUGUGGCCCAUGAAUGCCCAGCCCUUUUCUCCAUGCAUCGCUCUGUCUCAGUUUUGUUCACACCAAGCAGCCUUGGUUAAUUAAAUGCAGAGCUUGGCACUUGCCCAUGUUAAAUUCCUUCUCCUUUUUCAUUCUGGCUGGCCUGGUUUUGCCAUCUGAAGCUAUGACUAGUCCUUUAUCAGUUUUCAUCCAGCUUGUCAGGCAGGGCAGGGCUGGUAUGAAGCCCAGGACAUAUCGCUGGGACAUCCCUUAGGUCUGUGAGAUUCCCGGGUCCCUCCAAAUCCACACGGUCAUCAUGGGCAAAUUAGUUUAAGUCUGAUCUGUUAAGAUCCAGAUCUCUCAUACCAAUAGCACACACCCCUUUUUCCCAUGGCCAUGGAAGGAGGGUAGCAUAGCCUGACUCGAGUCCUUAUUCUCAGCAGAACUGGUUCUGUGGUGGCCACUUCCCUUUCUCAACUUUUACCUAAUUCUGUUUAAUAGGUUGGUCUGCAAGUCUGAGAGCAACAGCAAGCUUAGAAGUGUGGACUCGGCCUGGUACAGUGGCUCAUGCCUGUAAUCCCAGCACUUUGGGAGGCUGAGGUGGGCUGACUUCUUGAGCUCAGGAGUUCAAAACCAGGUUGGGCAACAUGGCAAAAUCCUGUCUCUACAAAAAAUACAAAAAUUAGCUGGGCAUGGUGGUGUGCAUCUGUAGCCUCAGCUACUCAGGGGGUUGAGGUGGGAAGAUGGCUUGAGCCCAGGAGGCGGAGGUUGCAGUGAGCCGAGAUAGUGCCACUGUGCUCCAGCCUGGAUGACAGAGCCAGACCCUGUUUCAAAAAAAGAAAAAUACAAGAAAGAAGUAUAGACUCUACCUUCUCGCCCUUGUGGAGAUUGGGAACUGCCUGCCCUUGGCCUCUUUCCUGUCCAUCUUGUAUUAUGAAAGGCUGUUUCUGGCACACCUGGGCUCCUCUGUGCGCUUUCUGGGAAGUGACUGAGGGUCAGGGGAAUGGAGCCCCUCUGCAGCCGGCCUCUGGUACCUUCCCUAUUGAACCCCUCUUUAAGUUUGCUCACUCUUUUUGAUGGGUGUCUUUCCAAAGCUGGCUGGGGACCUCCUUGAUUGAGAGACAUGGGGCUAGUUCUGUUGCUGUGGCUACACGGAAAUAAUAAAGCAGAAAAACACCUGAGGAAAGUUGAUGUUUACUAAAAAAAAGCAAGUGAAACCAAAGUGACGUGGGCCCAUAGGAUUGGGGAUGGGUGGUGGGCUCUGACUCCCUUGUCCCAAGAGUUGGGUGAAUGCCACCUUUGCUCACUUGUAUGGUCACUCUCCAGGACUCCUGCCUGGCUUCUCCCACUCCAAGCCUGAGAUAGCUCAGCAAGGAGGCAGGUCUGGCCCCAAAAUACGAGCUCCCCAAGUGGAUAUCCUAAAAUUCAUCUUUCAUGGCCCUACUUUAUUGGGAGGGAAUGUGAAAAUUGUGGGAAUAUGGCUAUUGACAUCUGGGGCUCAGGGCAGGGGAGUGUGUCUAGUUUUAAGGUGUACGCUUUUAACCAUGCACUCCUUGCCCAGUCUGUCCUGCCUGGAGCUUUUCAUUUCCCUGCAGCUUUCCUGAGAAAAGACAGAGUGUGCUUUCUCUGCAUCCUGUGAACAUGGCCCCAGGACUGCAGCGCCUCUGUGUGUACACAGCCAAGGACAAGUCGGGGGACCUCUGCUGCUCCUGCACCCGCUGCCCUGGGUGCUCUGUCUUCCCCAUCCCCCAUUUCUCUUUAAUCUGUUCUUUCGUGGUUUCAUGUUCUCUUUGUUCCAGGUUAUUUAGAACCUGUCUGCCUCCCCACUGUCCAUUGUACUUGAUCCUGCCUCCUCCCGCUUUGUGCCAAGGAUUUACUUGCCUUCGCCUUCUGGCUCCAUACAGUAGUCUCUCUUCUUGCGGUCUGGGCCAUUCCCGCCACCAGGCCCCCAGCUGUGGCUGUGUCUGGGUCUUGGCAUUUCUGAUUUACAUGGGUCUAGGCCCUUUCUCUCCACCUGUCCUUCCCCUCUUUGGACACAAGCCAAAACAUCUGAGCAUCUCCUUACAGAGGGAGGUCUCCCUGGGGUUGCUGUGCCAAGUUUCCAUUGCUUUUGCCCAGAAUGAGAAAUCAGUCGUCAGUGGCCCUGCUGGGUGAAUGGAAGGACUUUGGUCAGGGUGGAAGGGCACGCCAUCAGUCCUAAUUUGGUGGCCCUUGUUGGGGGCUGGCUGGCUAGGCUGCUAGAGAGGUACAUCAGGUGGGUGGCACCCAUCUGCUGGUGUUAGGCAGGCCAUCUCCUCAUCCAUGUUUUCAGAAUCUUCUUGCAUGGCUUGUAAUUGGGUUGGGGUGUGGCCUGAACCCCUGUGGGGACACACUCACUGUCCCACCUGUGUGCUUCUCUCCUGUCAGGAUCUGGAUUUGGGUCUAAGAGCCAAGGCUAGGGACUGGAGGAGGAGAUUUCUGUCUUUGACCCCUCCAUAUUAGUCCGUUUUCAUGCUGCUAUAAAGAACUGCCCGAGACUGGGUAAUUUAUAAAGGAAAGAGGUUUAAUUGUCUCACAGUUCCACAUGGCCGGGGAAGCCUCAGGAAACUUACAAUCAUGGCAGACAGCGAAGGAGAAGCAAGGCACCUUCUUCACAGGGCAGCAGGAAGGAGAAUGAAUGCCCGAGGAACUAUCAAACACUUAUAAAACCAUCAGAUCUCGUGAGAACUUACUAUCACAAGAACAGCAUGAGGGAACCGCCCCCAUGAUUCCAUCACCUCCACCUGAUCUCUCCCUUGACACAUGGGGAUUAUAGGGAUUAUAAUUCAAGAUGAGAUUUUGGGUGGGGACACAGCCAAAGCAAAUCACCCUCCCAGGCCUGAGCAAAGCCCAAGCAGGGAGCCUCUGUUGGGGCUGGAACCCUGGGAGGGGUAGAAUUCUCCCCUCCACUCAGAUUUGUUCCCUGUUGCUGCCCACCUGGCCCCUCCCCUGCAGCCUUCUGCCUGGUCUUCUCUCUGUUCACUUCUCAUUUUUAGCCGUCAGCAGACUGGGAGAUGGUGGCCAAGGGUGUCAUUUUGUACACAAGCUUUGUGGCUUUUGUAAGCCCAGCCUGCAACUCUUGAGGAAAACUCUUUGGUUUGAUUUUUUUUCUCUUCAGAGUUGGGAGGAUUCAGAGAGAGGGGCAAGGGCUUCUUGUGAAGAUUUCAAUUCUUGAAGGGGUGGAAGCCUCCUGGGCUGGGGGAAGGGGUGGGGCAGGAACCAACAGGGGUGUGGACACAGGGGGCUGGCACCUGGGAUACUGUAGGACAGUUGGGCAGGAAGUCGGAUGCUGCUUUACUGAGAUUUUUGAUAUUUUAUCAUUUUCUCAUUAGUUUUUAUUUUAAAACACUGCGUUAAAGUAAUUAAAAUAUUAUUUAUCUUGGCUACCGAA